GAGAGAGAGAGAGAGAGAGAGAGAGAGAGAGAGAGAGAGAGAGAGAGAGAGGGAGAGAGAGAGAGAGAUUUCCAGCCAAUUGCCAAAUAAUGCGUUAUCUAUACCGGCUACUGGUCCACGAGCCGAGGCAGUGAGAGAGCAAGACCCCGCCAAAGGUAGAUCAGCACAGCGCAAGCCCCAGACGAGGAAGAACACGAGACACGGAAGAGACGCCGCGAAUAAAUGAGAUAAAAGGAAGGACGGCUAACUCCGAUUCUUUUCGAGAAAACACAUGAACUAUUGCUGUACAGGAAAAUAGUUGGAAAAGUACACUAAGAUUUCUGAGCCGAAUCACCAACAUGCCUCGGGUAGUCCCGGACCAAAGGAGCAAGUUCGAAAAUGAGGAGUUCUUCCGCAAGUUGAGCAGGGAGUGUGAGUUGAAGAUCAAAUACACGGGGUUCCGGGACCGGCCUCACGAAGAGAGGCAAGCCCGCUUCCAGAACGCCUGUCGGGACGGACGGUCAGAAGUGGCCUUUGUGGCCACGGGUACCAACCUCUCCCUCCAGUUCUUCCCAGCCAACCUGCACGGGGACCAGCGACAGGCUCCCACUAGAGAGUAUGUGGACUUUGAGAGGGAGACAGGGAAGGUGUAUUUAAAAGCUCCCAUGAUCCUGAAUGGAGUGUGUGUGAUCUGGAGGGGCUGGAUAGACCUGCAGCGGCUGGACGGGAUGGGCUGUCUGGAGUACGACGAGGAGAGAGCCCAGCAGGAGGAUGCUCUGGCCCAGGCAGCGUUUGAGGAUGCCCGACGCAGGACCAGAGACUUUGAAGACAGGGACCGAUCCCACAGAGAGGACCUGGAGGAUCCUGUGGUUUCUAAAAUCUGGGACUGAUGACACCCAGACAGACAGCAAGCAGAGCAUGACACGUCCAGACGACACCAGGACUCCUCUGGUGGCCCCAUCUGAAGAAACAAGCCAUGCUGACUGGAAGUGGAUGAGCAGGGAGAUGAAGAAAACAGGCCAUGGUCAAUCAUACUGUCCUCAACUGUAAAAGAAAAAACAUCAUGAGCAUAGCAUUUUCUAUUGUUUGAUUGACUUAUAUAGAGGCUUGAUCUCCAACAACUUUUUUCUAUUUUGAUUUUAUCCAAAGAAUAUAUCAUUUAUAAAAUGUUAGUGAUUAGAUAGGUCCCCCCACCUAAUAAAAUCCAAGUGUGCAGUGUCACACUCCUGUGGAUUAUCCACCAUA